AUGCGACCGGGCCCCCCCAGUGGUGUCUUGGCUGCAGAGGCCAUGAGCGUGGACACCGCUGGUAGCGCAGGUCAAGACUGCGCUAAUGCAGAAGUGGUCAGACUCAUGCACGAUGACUCGACUGAAGCUUCGGGCCGUACAAGCGACGCACCAGACAAAUGUGCACACUGCAGCCAACCCUGUGGAGAGACUAUCAUGAGACCGCCUCGUGGGUACGCCAUGGUAACACAAAAACGCAGCCCUACAACGUGCUUCAGCAUGGCUGUCUUACAAUCUGUUUUCUGGCCUCCGGAAUCGCAGAGCGCCUCGUCCGUCCGAUAUCGAAUCCGCCUUCGCUUAGUCCAGAUCGAAUGCUCCACGAACAACUAUUUGAUUCGCUCGCAAUUUCUUGCGUCGCAAGAACCUUGCCUCGUUCACGUGCAUUUUUUUCGAGGCCCUGUCAGAGCUCUUCAAAUGCCAUCCUUCCCGCACAGCCGUCCCGCAGGGUUUCCCCUUCGGGAAUCCCAUGUGCCUGUCAACGAAUGCGUCAAGCUCAUGUCAGAACUUUGUUGUAACGGCGGCACGGUCUACGAACGGGCCAUUCACGUCGCAGACCGCUCGAGAUAA